AUGCCCUCAACAAUAACAACUGUGUGCUAUAUCACUGAUCGACAAGAAUCCAUUACAAACAAAACUCUCAAUGUUGUUAAGGCUGCUGGGGUGUUGCGUCCUAAAAAUAAUGCCUCUGCACUAAAUCUUCUUUUAAUAGGCUUUUACUCGCAAGACAAAACCCAAAAAUCCACCUUGGCGUCCUUCUCAACUGAAGACAUUAUAUUAUCCGAAGUUGUUCACCUUGCUAUUGAUCCAAGCAAUUUGCCGAUAUUUCCUACCUUAAUAAAUAUGACGGCCAUCGCAAUUGAACUUCCCCAAGUUGAAUCUGAUAACGUUAUUUUAACC